AUCAUCAUCUUCCAGAGAGCCUGUUUUGAGAGAAUAUUUGAGAAGAAACAAGCUUUAUGCUCUUCAUCACUGAGUUGAAGGGGGAAAAGGAGUAAUAUUUACUGGGAAAGGAUCAAUCUUUGGUGGGUUUUGUUUCUGGGGUUUGUGGGAUGUGAUUUGUGAGCUUCUGCAUAUCUCUUAGGAAGGAUCUGUUUUGAGCUUUUGGGUUUUCCUUUAGAGAGAAAGGAAAAUGGCUAGGAGUAACGAGGUUAACCUAAAUGAAUCUAAGAUGGUGGUUCCACUAAAUACAUGGGUCCUCAUCUCCAAUUUUAAGGUGGCUUACAAUCUUCUUCGUCGCCCUGAUGGCACUUUCAAUCGUCACCUGGCAGAGUUUCUUGAUCGAAAAGUCCCUGCAAAUGCAAACCUGGUUGAUGGGGUUUUCUCAUUUGAUGUCAUCAUUGAUCGUAGUACCAGCCUCCUAAGCCGGAUUUAUCGUCCUGCUAGUGCAGAAGAACCUCAGCCUCAUAUCAUUGAACUUGAGAAGCCUGUUACGUCUGAGGUUGUCCCGGUUAUAAUUUUCUUUCAUGGUGGAAGCUUUGCUCAUUCCUCUGCAAAUAGUGCCAUAUAUGACAUGCUCUGUCGCCGGUUAGUGCAUUUCUGUAAGGCUGUUGUUGUCUCUGUGAAUUAUCGGCGUGCACCUGAAAAUAGAUAUCCGUGUGCAUAUGAUGAUGGAUGGACAGCUCUUACAUGGGUUAACUCCAGAAAAUGGCUUCAGAGUAUGGACAAUAAGGUUCAUAUCUAUUUAGCUGGGGAUAGUUCUGGUGGUAACAUUGCACAUCAUGUUGCCAUGAGAGCAGUAGAAUCAGGAAUUGAAGUACUGGGAAAUAUAUUGCUCAACCCAAUGUUUGGUGGGCAAGAAAGAACUGAAUCUGAAAGACGGUUAGAUGGAAAAUAUUUUGUGACUAUACAAGACCGGGAUUGGUACUGGAGAGCUUUCCUCCCUGAAGGAGAAGACAGGAAUCAUCCAGCAUGUAAUCCAUUUGGUCCUAGGGGUAAAAGCCUCAAAGGAAUAAAAUUUCCCAAAAGUCUAGUUGUGGUGGCUGGUUUGGAUCUUGUUCAGGAUUGGCAAUUGGCAUAUGUUGAAGGGCUCAGGAACGCUGGCCAAGAGGUGAGACUUCUAUACCAGGAUCAGGCAACAAUUGGGUUCUACCUGUUGCCCAAUAACAAUCACUUCCACACUGUCAUGGAUGAGAUAAGUCAGUUUGUGAGUUCUAACCAUGAAUAGAUUAACUAUACCUAUGGACGGCAACAAAUGACAGGUGCUUGACAUUGUGAUCUAGGUAAUUAUGAGGAUGUCUGAAGUUUGUUUAUGUAGUAUUACCACUUACUCUCCUUCAAUGCUGGCAUUAAGGGUAGUCACCAUACUGAGUUCUGCUUAUCUUAUCUACCACUGAGCUUCUAAUGUUGGGUGCAUAAGUUGUAAUUUAGCAUCUUGCUGGAAUCGAUAUCGUUACAUCAUAUAUAACCAAAUGUCUGGACCUAAGUGGCCAUAGUUUGAGAGAGGUUUUGUGGUAGCUAGAGCUGUUUGACCCUGUUCAGCCCACUUGGGACUUUGUGAUUACCAAUUCUAGGUUUCUGGCCACAAAGGGAGAAGUGGAUUGUAUUGGUAACAUCUGGUUUUUGAUCAAGGGAUCGAUGCCUGGCUAAUACUACUAAUAUAGAUAAUUUUAGGAUAUUGGUAAAAGAUCAGAAUGCUUCCAUGAUUCUAUGGUCUUGCAUGUUUAUAUACAUAAGUUGGUAUGUAUAUAUAGAGAGAUGUUUGCUUAUUGCUCUAAGUUGGCAAUCUGUUUCCUUUUCUUUUCAUUGUUCCUUUGCUCGUGAAGUUUUUGUAUGUAAUUUGUUUUGUUCACCCUUGAUGUGAUACUUGGCAAGUGUAAACACAAUGAUAUAUUAUGUAAGAGAAGUUGUGUUAGAGAUAAUUGAUUUUUGAGUCCCUGUUUCAAUGUAUCACAUAUCAGCAGUAUUGCUGA